GUGAAUGUAUACGCACCAGCUUGUUUCAAACAAGACGCGACUGUAUUGUUCUUUUCUCUUACUCUCUCUCUUCAUUGAAUGCUGAAUAUAAAAAACAACUCUCGCUCAACAACUUGAACUUUCCGGAAUAAUUAUCGGACGAACUUGAACCUGGGUGAGGCCUUCAAGCAUUGGAUUCGACGUGAUUGAAGCCGACGCACGGUCCUCGAUUUGUUUUGGAUUUGGGUCGAGCGAGCUCACCACUUUGACAGUCGUAUGUGUAUGUGUACGAUCCCGAUUCUACGGCCGACCUCUGCGUAGCCUGAAUAUAUUUUACGCCAGUUACCCACUCGUCUGCAUAACCAUCUGUCACCUGGUAGCUUGAUCAAUAACAGACACCGACGAUGCUCGGGGACAGCGGAGUGCAACUUUCGUGAUACAGGCUGCUUCGUUCUACUGUGUCUGUUGUCCGCCAUUUGCAAUACUGCAAAUUGGACACAAUCACGGCUGCGUUGAAAACAACCCCACUGCAAAGCUGGAAAAAAUAAUACAACGGUACCCGACUAUUUACAGCAUUUUAGGGUAUAAGCGCCGUACGGCAACUAUGGAAAGCAGAUACGAAAGAGUUUGUAAAAUCGGAGAGGGGUCAUACGGCGUGGUGUUUAAAUGCAAGAAUAGGGAAACCGGACAAGUUGUUGCUAUAAAACGAUUCGUUGAAAAUGAAGAUGACCCCAUUAUUAAGAAAAUAGCUCUCCGUGAAAUACGAAUGUUAAAGCAACUGAAACAUUCAAAUUUGGUGAACUUACUGGAAGUCUUUAGAAGGAAACGCAAACUUCAUCUGGUUUUUGAAUACUGUGACCGGACGGUUUUAAAUGAAUUAGAAAAACACCAUCCCAGAGGCGUUCCUGAGCCGGAUACAAAGAGAAUCAUAUGGCAGACUUUACACGCUGUCAAUUUCUGUCAUCAACAUAAUUGUAUUCAUCGUGACGUCAAGCCAGAAAAUAUCCUUAUCACAAAAUCAGGGCAGGUCAAACUUUGCGACUUCGGGUUUGCCAGAAUUCUAUCUCCCGGAGAAGAAUACACAGACUAUGUUGCCACACGAUGGUACAGGUCGCCAGAACUACUGGUAGGGGAUACCCAGUACGGCCCACCUGUAGACGUGUGGGCUAUCGGCUGCGUCUUUGCCGAACUUCUAAGCGGGCUGGCAUUAUGGCCCGGCAAGUCUGACGUUGAUCAGCUAUAUCUAAUCAGAAAAACAUUAGGUGAUCUAAUAGCUCGCCAUCAACAGAUAUUUAGCCAGAAUCAGUUUUUUCAAGGUUUAACGAUUCCAGAACCUGAUAUUAUGGAGCCACUGGAAGUCAAAUUUCCAUCAAUCAGUCAACAUGCCCUAAGUUUUAUGAAGGAUUGCCUACAAAUGGACCCUGCAUCGAGACUAACGUGCGAGGAACUGAUAGACCAUAGAUACUUUGAGUUCUACCGAGAGGACAUGGAGGAACAAAAAGAGAAACAGAAAAGGCGACAGCGAGACAGAUCACGGAUUUUGCUGGAACACAGGAUAGAAAGGCUUAACAACUAUCACCCUACGUUGCCGCUGCUAACGGGGAAUCCGAGCAACAUGUCUCCAGCACCAGAACCAAGAUAUCCCGGAACAAAGAGAUAUCCCGGCUGUUUUGAUCAUCAUCUUCCUAAUAUUCACAGGGAUUAAUAAUUAGACUUCUAUUUUAUUUAAUUUAAAUGUAUAAUCCAAUUGUUUUGGAUUGUCUGUCCCCCUGUGGUCGGCGGUGGUGUUGUCAGAGCUGAAGAAUCCGUUGGAAUAUGUCUGCCUGUGUACUAUCAUAUACGUACGCGAUCUACUUUGCUGUUUCAUCUGAGGGAGGGUUACAGAUGUUAGCAUUUGUUUUUUUCAGUCAAACUCUACCGCUGUGUAUCCCUUGCCCUGUCGUAUGUUACCCAUGUGUAACGGUGCAUGAAUUUUAAAGUUGUGUGCAAAGUCUAGACAAAUUUAAACAGGGUCUGAUUUUUUGUUUGUUCCCAAAGGAACAAAAAAAUAGAACAAGAAUGGUUUGGUUUUUCGAGACUUUCCAGAAACGUGUUUGUUUAAUCACGAAUCAAAUUGAUAGUCUUUACUAGUGAGCGGUUUAUUGGAAAGUUUAGAUCACAUCCCCCCCAAAAAUAUGAAAAUUUUAAGAAAAUGACGAGUUAGAAACAAAGAUGAGAGCCAAGUAGAAAGCUAUACAGAAUAAAAUGUAAGUGAAUUACAUUUUUCGGCGGGAAUUUUGAUUAUUAUACUUAUAAAUAACUGUAUCUUUAAAAAAAAAUGAUAUUGAAAACGAGAGACACAAACUUUUCAAAAAUGGCUUCCUUUAAUAUUAUUAAUCUGACAAUGAAAAUGAACAGUUGAGAAAAGAACUGUUGAACAAUCAGACCUAAGGGUCAAAGGCUAAACACAAUCACAGAUGUAUGUUUUGUCUUAUAAAGUCCUAUUUGUUAAUAAUUAUAUGCAUUGUAUUUUUAUUUUUUUUGCAUGCUUUAAUAAUUUUGCUGUAGUUCAACAUUUCAACCUGAAGAAAGAAACCCUGGAAUUUUGAAAUCUCUUGUGCUGUCCCAUUCCCAAACCUGUGUCCCUGCUGGCUCUUAAAUACCUACCCCCUAAAUCUUUUCAGAGAUCUCAACUUUCAUUCAUUCACUUUUUACCACAAAAUAGUUGAAUCUCUGCCUUUUACCUCCUUGUCUAUUCGAAAUAUUGUCAAAUUUUUUCUUGAACUUUGACUUUUGAACUUUGAAUUAUAUAAGAAGAAAAAGCAAACUCCAUUUUCGCAGAGUUACAUUGCCAGUCUGAACUUAUAAUGUGAAGAUAAAAAGCAUUGUGAUUAUUUUUUUUUUUGAAGAUCAAGUACAUUACAUUUGCAAGGCCAUACAUUAUUUACACAUACAUUGUCAUUGCUUGGCAAUUUGUUUUUUCGUUGAAACCUUUUAAUGCUUGUUUACCUUAGCCACCAUUGUUGUUGUGAAACAAUUCAAUGUCAACAAUGUGUACAUUCUCGAGGUUUUCAUUGGCGAACACCAACAAGAUUUUCAAUGCAAGAUUGUUAGACUGGCAGUGUUUUUCAUUUAUGAAUUUCAAGGUUAAUUCUUCGGGAGAUAUUUGUCCAUGUAGUUCAAAUUUAUUCUUAGAGUAAGCAUGAUAAGAUAUUAUAGUCGUCGUGGUAACCUUAUACGAGUUGACUCAAAUUAGGCAGGUACAUUCACUGUAACUCCAUUGAAACCCAUUCACCUUGACUUUAAUCUUCAGUCUUGUUGAGGAUUGGAAGUGGGGGGUCUUUUGUUUGUUUGUUUUUUCUUUCAUUGUUUUCUCAACUGUAAAAAUAAAAAAAACCUGUACUCGUGAAACCCCUCAAGAAAAACAAGACGUUCAAUUUCUGUAUGUGAUCUGUACUGCUGUAUUUCCUUCACUAUCCUCUCUGUGUUAGUCUAUUCGGUGGUGGUGGUGGUGGGAGUUGUGUUCAUUCGUAUGGUAAUAAAUUUCCUAUUCAUGCACGGCCUGAUACGGGUCCACUCAGAAUGGUGAUUAGAUGCUACCUUGUUCUUAUAAAUAACAAAGCAUUUUUUCCCCCCUGUGUGUCUACAUACAGUCUUGCUACUUUUUACAUUUAACGAAAAUUGUGCACUUUCAGAAUGACGACGACCUUAACGUUUGUAAGGUUCAAUGUAUAAUGCACUGCAUAGUUUUUGUUUGUUCAGUUUAUUUGUUGGGAUUCACAGAGAUGCUUUUUUUUUCUAAUUCUUUUCUCCUAUUUCCAUAUUUAAAUAAUUUAAUGUAAAGGAUACUUUCUAGUUACACUUGGGGAAAGGAUUUUGAGGUGAGGUGGGGUGGGGGGUGUGGGAAUGAUGUUUUCCUGUUGUCCGCAGAUAUGAAUUGCCAUGCAUUCAUUUCGUACAUUGUGGCUGCAGCUCUUCCGAGCUUGUGAUAGUUGCAGAUAUAGUUGUAUUGAUGCUGGACAAUAUUAACUGGUAAAGCAAUCAGUGUUUAGAAUUAACAGACACAUCAGUCAAGUUUUAUGGCCAAAAUCAGAUACAGCGCCCUCAACAUGCAAUUCAUUUCUUUAAUCUGGGGCAGAAAAAAUUCAAGUAAUACUUAAAAAGGGGGAAACUCCAGCAGGAGACACGAAUUGUAAAUGUUACAUUGUACAACUGUGCAAUGAUUAAUAUUUUUUAUUUGUACCUGCUCUUUGUCUAUUUAAUCAGUGAACAGCAUCCGAUAAAACAAUCUUGAGUAACUAUAAA